CAAGAAUUGAAAAUCCAUCAGCCUCCCAGCCAACAAAGUCAAAAUCUAAAAACCGUUCUGCCAUUGGGGGAUGGCUAUUGCCCAUCGGCUCCGUCAUCUAUAUCAUCAUUAUGAUCAACAAUCUCUGUGCAUUCGUAACAGUGACCUGGUCAGAAUAACAUCAAAUAAAAAGCUCCCAAUUUCUAGUUUUUGUUCCUCAGGUUUUCAGUUUUUGGGUAACAGGAGAUGUUUCAGAAUUCUGGUGAUUUUUCCAUUCUUGGGCUGUCCAUAUCAAGAAUUUCCACUUUUGGAACUGUUUUGAUUAUGUGGCUGUUUUGGUCUUCUCUCCUCAUUGAAGCACAAGAUGCCAUUACUAAUCCUGUAGAAGUGAGUGCACUGCAAGACAUAAAGAGUAGUUUGAUUGAUAUCAACAAAAAUUUGAGCAAUUGGAAUCGAGGGGAUCCCUGCACAUCAAAUUGGACAGGAGUUUUGUGCUUCAAUACAACAAAGGACGAUGGUUAUCUGCAUGUUAUAAAACUGCAACUACUUAAUUUGAAUCUGUCUGGAACUUUAUCACCAUCACUCGGCAACUUAUCCUAUAUGAAAAUAUUGGAUUUUAUGUGGAACAACAUAAGUGGGAGUAUACCAAAGGAGAUAGGAGAAAUUGAAUCUUUGGAACUCUUGCUUCUGAAUGGAAACCAAUUAACAGGUCCCUUGCCUGAAGAGCUUGGAUAUCUUCCAAACUUGGACAGAAUACAGAUUGAUCAGAACCAUAUAUCAGGAUCAAUCCCUGUGUCAUUUGCAUACUUGAACAAAACAAUGCACUUUCACAUGAAUAACAAUUCAAUUAGCGGGCAAAUACCACCCGAACUAUCCAGAUUACCAAGGCUUAUUCACUUCCUUCUAGACAACAACAACUUAUCUGGAUAUCUUCCACCACAGCUUUCUGAAUUGCCAAACUUACAAAUACUUCAACUUGAUAACAACAACUUUGAUGGGGCUACAAUUCCAGAUUCUUAUGGCAACAUGACUAAACUAUUGAAAUUGAGUCUCAGAAACUGCAGUUUGCAAGGUCCAAUCGCUGACCUGAGCAGGAUACCAAACCUUGGCUAUCUAGACCUCAGUACAAACCAGCUAAAUGGAUCCAUACCUUCUGAAAGUCUUUCUGAGAAAAUUACAACCAUUGAUUUAUCUAACAAUGAUCUUACUGGAAGUAUCCCUGCCAGCUUUUCAGGCCUGCCUCGUCUUCAGAAAUUGUCAGUUGCAAACAAUUCACUGAAUGGCUCCAUUUCAUCUAUCCUUUGGCAAAGUCGGACUCUGAAUGCAUCUGAAAGACUUAAAUUGGAUUUUGAGAACAAUAGACUGACAAAUAUUUCUGGCAAUGGCAAUAUUAGUCUCCCUCAGAAUGUCUCACUCUGGCUUCAAGGGAACCCUGUAUGUUCAAAUUCCAACCUGGUCCAAUUUUGUGGAUCUCAAAAUGAGGAUGUUGAAAAGCAGGGUUUGACAAACUUUGCUGAUAACUGUUCCACUCAAGAAUGUCCUUCUGUAUAUUCCCCAACAUCUCCUGUAGAUUGUUUUUGUGCUGCCCCUCUGAUCGUUGGUUAUCGAUUGAAAAGUCCUGGAUUCUCCUAUUUUCUACCCUACAGAGAUGCAUUUAAACAGCAUAUGACCUCUGGUCUCAAUUUGGAACUUUAUCAGCUAUACAUUGAGAACUUCCAAUGGGAGGAAGGACCUCGAUUGAAGAUGCAGCUGCAGUUAUUUCCUGUCCAUGAUGCUAGCAACAAGAGUUCUCAUGUGUUCAAUGCAAGUGAGGUUCUGCGUAUCAUGAGCAAGUUCACUGGAUGGGACAUUCAUUAUAAUGAAACAUUUGGGCCUUGCGAACUUUUGUACUUCCCUUAUAAUAAUGUGUUUGUUACCUCACCAUCAUCAUCGGGUACAAGCAAAGGUGCCUUGGCUGGCAUAGUAUUGGGCGCCAUUGCCGGUACAGUUGCAUUAUGUUCAAUUGUUUCGCUUCUUAUCAUAAGGAUGUAUUUGAGGAACUACCGUCUGAGAAACUACCGUGCAAAUUCAAGAAGACGUCAUGCAUCUAAAGCCUUGCUAAAAAUUGAUGGCAUCAAGGAUUUCACUUAUGCUGAAAUGGCCUUGGCUACGAACAAUUUUAAUAGCUCCACUCAAGUUGGUCAAGGAGGAUAUGGAAUAGUUUAUAAAGGCAUCCUGGCUGAUGGCACAGUUGUGGCCAUCAAACGUGCUCAGGAGCAUUCUUUACAGGGUGAGAAGGAGUUCUUAACAGAAAUAGAAUUGUUGUCAAGGCUACAUCACAGGAAUCUCGUUUCUUUGGUUGGAUAUUGUGAUGAAGAAUAUGAACAGAUGUUGGUUUAUGAGUUUAUGUCAAAUGGCACUCUUAGAGAUCAUCUUUCUGCCAAGUCUAAAGAACCCCUGAGUUUUGCAUUGAGAGUGAGAAUUGCCUUGGGUUCAGCAAAAGGCAUCCUCUACCUACAUAAGGAAGCUGAUCCUCCAAUUUUCCAUCGAGAUAUCAAGGCGAGCAACAUAUUGCUUGACUCUAAUUAUAAUGCAAAGGUUGCUGAUUUUGGACUUUCAAGACUCGCCCCAGCUCCAGAUAUUGAAGGGGCUGUGCCAGCUCAUGUGUCCACAGUUGUAAAGGGUACCCCAGGUUACCUUGAUCCAGAGUAUUUUCUAACACAUAAAUUGACAGAUAAGAGUGAUGUUUAUAGCCUUGGUGUCGUAUUUCUGGAGCUGUUGACGGGGAUGCAACCAAUCACACAUGGCAAAAACAUUGUCCGAGAGGUCAAUUUUUCAUACCAAUCUGGUAUGAUAUUCUCAUUCAUUGAUGGACGUAUGGGCUCUUAUCCUUCUAAUUGUAUGGAGAAGUUUUUGAAUUUAGCCAUGAAGUGUUGCCAUGAUGAGACAGACUCAAGACCAUCAAUGGCUGAUGUGGUCCGAGAACUUGAAACUAUAUGGGCGAUGAUAGCAGAUUCUGACAUGAAAACAACCGUUACAGUGAUCACUGAUCCUGGAAAGAGUGAGAGUUCACCAUCUUCAUCGUCCAUGGUGAAGCAUCCUUACGUGUCAUCCGAUGUUUCUGGCAGCGACCUUGUUAGUGGGUUUGCUCCUAGCAUCCCCCCAAGAUAAAUGACACCCAUGAAAGAUAUUGAUAACAACAACUACCUGCAGUUGCUAUAAUCUUUAAAAUUAUGUUUUGGUUUCAAGAUUUCUGUAUAUUCUUUAAUAUAUAUCUUGUUUUGUGAAAGUUAUAGGUAGACUUGUAGAGCAAUAGGUAAUGGUAUUUACUUAAAUUACAUGCUAAAAUUUGUUAGACUUCUUAUUGAAAACUAUUUUAUAUUCUUUAUUUAAUGGAAUUGCUGAGAUUGUAU